AUGUUAUGUGCUUUUGCAUGUAACCAACAACCAUCCUGUCAUGCAUUUGACUAUGAUUCGGCUUCUAAACGCUGUCGACUUUUCGAAGGUGAUCUUACAACUGGUUCUAUUGUAUCAUCUACUUCUGCAACAUCAAUUGUCGGUAUUGUCGAACUUUUUCCAUCAUUAUUUGUUAAAACACAUAAUCAAUCUUGUGAAACAUGUCAAGAUAGUCGAUAUGAAAUAUGUUCAACAACUACAAAUACAUGUCAAUGUCGAUCGAAUUCAUAUUGGGAUGGUUCAAUUUGUGCAUUACAACUUUUCACUAAUGAUACAUGUUCUCAAAUCGAUUCUUGUCGAAAAGAUCAAAAUCUCACUUGUGUCACAGAUUCCCUUGUCAAGACGACUACUACCACAAAUACAACUUCGACAACAACAACUUCGACAACAACAACAACUUCAACAGCAACAACUUCGACAGCAAUAAUAACAACAAUUACUUCGACAGCAACAACUUCGACAGCAACAACAACAACUUCAACAACAACUUCGACAUCAACGACUUCGACCAAGACCACUACUACAACAACAACUUCGACAACAACUAUUACUUAUACUUUACCAUCAACAUGUCCAGUCUCGAUCUCUGCAAAUCAAACGUUGGCUAGUUUUACUGGUCUAUCUGCGAAUAGUUACAGCAAUUACACGCUUACAUUUACUGCUAUAUCAUCACCUAGGACCACGCUUGGAUUUGCUGUCGCAGCAAAUAACAAUAAUGGCUGGUUUCUCGACAAUGUAUCUGUGCGCGAAUUAGGUGGCAGCAACAAUACUCAACUGGUAACAAACGGUGAUUUCUCGGGCAACUUAACUGGUUGGACACUGUUAUGUUCAAUGAGCUGUUCUACAGCGUCAACACAAGGUAACUCUUUAGUAAUAUUAACUGGUUGUCCCUCGGGCUCUAUAGCACCAUGCUAUUAUGCUGAAUGUAAGUCGCCGACAUAUGUCUAUCUAAUGCAAUCUUUAGCAACAACUAUGGGUACCAUUUAUAACCUUUCAUUUUCAAUAGCUUCAUCGUCUUCAAACAGCGAUAAUCUGUUCGUCUUCAUCGUCUAA